GGCGGCGGCGGCGGCGGCUCCCUGGCAGAUAGGAAUCUGGGACAGAUUUUGCCGGCAGCCACGAAGCAGGGCUCUUUGGUAAUAAAAUCGCCAAUGUAAUUUGACACUUCAACUUGCUCGGCGCUCGGCGAGUUGAUUCACUUCUUCUCCCCACUACCGCCGAGCUCCUUUUCCCUGGCUGCGAGAGGGGAUUGCUUGCCUUUUCUUUUUGUUGUUUUUAAAGAUAAGAAAUAAUAACAGAUUUUUUUUAAAAAAACCGUGAAAUUUUAAAAGGCCGCCCGAACGAGACCCUGCAAAUCCACCGGAGAAAGAAAGCGAGAGAGAGGGAGGGAGAGGAAAGGAAAGGAAUAUUUUUCCCCCUUCGGCCGCCUGCUUUCUUCCCUCUGAAUUUUGUCCCUUGCUUUUGCAAUCCUUGCGAUUUUCUCUCUCGGGCCCCCCUCGGCAAACCGUAGGAGAGACCUUCUGUGUUGUUGAUGCGAACAGAGCUCCUGGUUGUCUUCUCCCUCCUCCUCCUCUCCCCACUCAUUGAGAGAGAGCUCCCAUAAGCUAAUUGACAGAAGCCUCUUCGGAGAGUUAAAAGAAAGUGCCUAAGAAAUUAACUGUGCGAGGCCCUUUUGCCAUCAAGUUGUACAUCUUGCCAGCAGUAUUGAGUGUGGGACUCAACUCAGACCAGUAGUUUUCCUUCCUAAAUGGUGAAUGGCCUGAAGGACAACGCAUUUUGUUAUGUGAAGCUACAAAGGGUGUAGUCAUCAGCUCCUGUGGGGUAGGAGGUGAUCGUGGAACACUUAGCUUGAAGGAUUUUAAUGGCUUUCAGGUAGAAUCCAAGUGGGAGACAAUCAAAAUGAAUUCUAUGGACAGGCACAUACAGCAGACCAAUGACCGGCUGCAGUGCAUAAAACAGCACUUACAGAAUCCUGCCAACUUCCACAAUGCAGCUACGGAGCUCCUGGACUGGUGCGGUGACCCAAGAGCGUUCCAGAGGCCCUUCGAACAGAGCCUGAUGGGAUGUUUGACGGUCGUGAGUCGAGUGGCAGCGCAGCAAGGCUUUGAUUUGGACCUUGGAUAUCGGCUGCUGGCCGUUUGUGCGGCAAACAGGGACAAAUUCACGCCAAAAUCAGCUGCGCUGCUCUCGUCGUGGUGUGAGGAGCUGGGACGGCUCUUACUGCUGCGCCACCAGAAGAGCCGGCAGAACGACCCCCCAGGGAAGCUCCCCAUGCAGCCGCCCAUGAACUCCAUGAGCUCCAUGAAACCCUCCCUUUCUCAUAGGUGCAUAUGUGACGGCUGCCAUCUUGACAGACCCCAGAGAUUGAAACGGGGACCUCCAGAGCUGAAAGCUGAUGGGUCUUUCCCUUACGAUUCUGUUCCGUGGCAGCAGAACGCCAAUCAGCCACCAGGUUCCCUGUCAGUGGUCACUACAGUAUGGGGUGUGACUAAUACAUCCCAGAGCCAGGUGCUGGGCAACCCCAUGGCCAACGCAAACAAUCCCAUGAACCCAGGAGGAAACCCCAUGGCUUCUGGGAUGACUACCAGCAAUCCUGGCAUGAAUUCGCCGCAGUUUGCAGGGCAGCAGCAGCAGUUCUCAGCCAAGGCAGGCUCCAACCAGCCCUAUAUACAGCAGAGCAUGUACGGGCGUCCCAACUAUCCAGGGAGUGGAGGUUUCGCAGGAAGCUACCCAGGAGGCCCUAAUAACCCUGCAGGAAUGGGGAUCCCACCCCACACCAGGCCGCCUGCUGAUUUUACUCAGCCAGCGGCUGCCGCUGCUGCAGCAGCCGUUGCAGCUGCAGCAGCUACUGCCACUGCCACAGCCACGGCGACCGUCGCAGCCCUUCAAGAAACGCAGAACAAGGAAAUGAACCAGUAUGGACCGGUUUGUUCCUCUUUCCAGAUGGGUCCAACUCAAGCGUACAACAGCCAGUUCAUGAACCAGCCUGGCCCUCGUGGGCCGCCUUCCAUGCCGGGCAGCAUGAACCCAGCCACCAUGGGAGCGGGCAUGACGCCUUCCAGUAUGAGCGGGCCCCCUAUGGGCAUGAACCAGCCCAGGCCACCUGGAAUGAGUCCCUUCACCCAUGGGCAAAGGAUGCCCCAGCAAGCCUACCCUGGCCCACGCUCCCAGUCUUUACCCAUGCAGGGCAUGAAGAGACCGUAUCCGGGAGAGCCAAAUUAUGGAAACCAGCAGUAUGGACCAAAUAGCCAGUUUCCAUCCCAGCCUGGUCAGUAUCCAGCUCCCAACCCUCCAAGACCCCUCACAUCUCCCAACUACCCUGGACAAAGGAUGCCAAACCAACAAAACACAGGGCAAUAUCCUCCUCCAACGGUCAACAUGGGACAGUAUUAUAAGCCAUCAAGGCCUGUUCCUGUGGCAAACUACCCUCACUCACCUGUUCCGGGAAACCCCACACCGCCUAUGACUCCAGGGAGCAGUAUUCCUCCAUACCUGUCCCCUAAUCAGGAUGUCAAACCGCCAUUCCCGCCUGACAUUAAGCCAAAUAUCAACGCUUUACCGCCACCUCCAAAUGCUAAAGGGAAAGUUCACACUUUCUCUCCCUCUUCGAUCCCAGCCAACCACAACGAUGAGCUGCGCCUGACGUUCCCUGUGAGAGACGGGGUUGUCUUAGAGCCCUUCCGGCUGGAACACAACCUGGCAGUCAGCAACCACGUUUUCCACCUACGGCCCACCGUCCACCAGACGCUAAUGUGGAGGUCAGACUUGGAGCUCCAGUUCAAGUGCUACCAUCAUGAGGACCGGCAGAUGAACACCAACUGGCCAGCGUCAGUCCAGGUCAGCGUCAAUGCCACGCCACUCACCAUCGAGCGGGGUGACAACAAGACAUCGCAUAAACCCCUGCACCUCAAGCACGUCUGCCAGCCGGGAAGAAACACCAUUCAAAUUACCGUCACAGCAUGCUGUUGUUCACACUUGUUCGUAUUGCAACUAGUACACCGGCCAUCAGUCCGCUCUGUCCUCCAGGGCUUGCUAAAGAAACGUCUCCUUCCGGCUGAGCACUGUAUCACCAAAAUCAAGAGGAAUUUUAGCAGCGUGGCAGCCUCCUCAGGCAACGCAACCCUCAAUGGAGAGGACGGGGUGGAGCAGACAGCCAUUAAGGUGUCUCUGAAGUGUCCAAUCACAUUCCGGCGGAUUCAGCUACCAGCAAGAGGCCACGACUGCAAACAUGUACAGUGCUUUGAUCUGGAAUCCUACUUGCAGCUGAACUGUGAAAGGGGGACGUGGCGGUGUCCCGUAUGCAAUAAAACAGCUCUGCUGGAAGGCCUCGAAGUUGACCAGUACAUGUGGGGCAUUCUGAACGCCAUACAAAACUCGGAGUUUGAGGAAGUCACCAUCGACCCGACGUGCAGCUGGAGGCCGGUGCCAAUCAAAUCCGACAUUCACAUCAAAGACGAUCCUGACGGGAUGCCUUCCAAGAGGUUUAAGACCAUGAGUCCCAGCCAGAUGAUCAUGCCCAAUGUGAUGGAGAUGAUUGCAGCUCUGGGGCCUGGCCCUUCACCUUACCCAUCGAUCCCACCUCCGCCAGGGAGCACCAACUCCAGCGAAUACAGUAACCAAGGCAACAGUUACCAAGGUCACAGCAAUUUUGAUUUUCCGCAUGGAAAUCCCGGUGGAACAUCUAUGAACGACUUCAUGCACGGGCCUCAACUGUCGCACCCUCCCGACAUGCCCAGUAGUAUGGCAGCCCUCGACAAACCCCUCAGUCACUCCAUGCAGGACCCCAUCCCUCAUCCCGGCAGCACUGAUCAAUCCCAUAGUUCCAUGCAGCAAGGUUUGCACGUACCUCAUCCCAGCAGCCAGUCAGGGCAGCCGUUACAUCACAGCGGUCCGCCUACCCAGCAGAGCCGGCAGCCACCACCGGCCGCUCCCAGCAACCAUCCACACAAUGACCUGGCCUUUAACCCCUCCUCAGCCUUAGAGGGCCAGGCUGGUGGGCAGGGCGCGUCCGACAUGCCGGAGCCUUCGCUGGAUCUGCUUCCAGAACUUACAAAUCCAGAUGAGCUGCUUUCGUACCUGGAUCCCCCUGACUUACCGAGCAAUAGCAAUGAUGACCUUCUCUCUCUCUUUGAGAACAACUGAAGCCUUUUGUGUUCUGUCCCCGACACCUGUCACUCGUUCGACACGUCUGUAGCUUCACAGUGUGGAAUCCCACACCGCCCUUUUCCCCCCCACGAGGAUGAACCUUGCAGCUGGAGGAGACGAUGGACACGUUCUUCAUCUCAGAACUCGCUUGCUCGUGUCAAGCUUCACAAAUUGUGGGGUAGAAAGAAAGAGGAUGAGAAGGCGGAAGGCCUCCAGACCCCGCGACACUCCACAUCACAGAUUGUUUGCGUAGCUCUGCAGAGAGAGAAGAGAAUUCGCUUGGGAGAUGGCGCAGCAUGAAGUAUCUUGGCAGAAGUCAGUCUCACCAAGGGAAGAAAAGGCAACAGAACUAUUCUGUUUCAGAAUGCCCUUCCAACUGUGUUCUUCCAUGCGUUUUGUUUGGUUUCUUUUUCCUUUAUGGUGUGGUGUCUGUUCCACUGUGUUUGUUCUCUCUCUCCCCGUCUGUACAUUUGGGUCGGACAGAAUUUAUUUGGCAAUGCCUUCAGAUUAGCCAAACAAACUCAAACCACGUAACACAUGCCAAAAAAGCACAAAAAAACCCAUAAUGAUAUCACAACUAAGAUAAAAAUGCAAAACACAUCAAAGGGAGGCGUCUGUUCGUCAGACGGUCAUUUCUGUGUGAUGGGAGGAGUCCUGUGGAUCUCUGGGCUGCGGCAACUGUGCGUUUUUUCUAAAUUGUAGCAAUUUUUAAACCUUGCAGGCCAGGUAGCCUCUUUGCUCUAACACAGAGACUUGUUUUCUUCUGUCUUUCUCUUUCCCCCUUUUCUUUCUUAAGGGGUUUGUUUUCAAAGGAUCAACUUGCUUGCCAUCACGUUAGCAGGCCAACCAUGAAAUGGGAGGGAGGGAUUUAAGUCACGUUCCCACAUGAGACUCUAAAAUGUUGGAUUUCACCAAGAGUUUUUCUUAACCUGUGCAGUAGGAGAGUCUUGGCCAGGGAGAAGAACUGGGAAGACACGAAAGUAGAGCAGCCAGAUGGCAAAAUAUCUGCUCCCAGCAGGAGUUUAUGUGGUUGCAGUGGGAGGAAGAGACACCCUGGGCCUGGUAACUGACAAAAGGGAACUUUGACUCUCAAAGGUUUCUACCCUGCAAACCUCGUUGGUCCCUCAGGUGCUCCGGAACUCAACUUUAGCUGUCCUACACCUCCCCGGUUUUUCUUUCUUUCUGUUUUUCAGAUUGUGACAUGGAAUUCACCCUUUUCCUUUUCUUUUUUUGAUGGGUUUUUUUUAGCUGCCAGGACUGUUUUCUAAAUAUAAAUAUAUAUAUAUAUUAUUUCCCCAAGGACAAUGGGCAUGGGAAGUGUCAAUCCCUCUGGUGCCCCAGCCCCAUGGCCUUCCUUGUCACAUGCAGUGCUUCCUUCCGUGGUCUUGUGCUUCUCAUCAGGUUGCCUCCCCCCCCCCCCCUGCAUGAGCUUCCCGUUGCUCCCAGGCCCGUUUCUGCGCUCUUGGUCAUGCUCUCGUAUAAAUGAUGUAUAGUGUCUGUCUGUCAAGACGUGCAUGUGUGCCAACUCCGCCCUGGCGGGCCAACAUUUCGUCUUCUGCCCACCGUGUGCAAAUCUUGCUUUCUUUGUGAAGAAAAAGAAAAGACCUUGAUGGCUUCCUUUCCCGUCCAUAAAUCAGAUCAAAUAUAUCCCAUAUUUGAUUUUCAGUAGUAGGCUUUCCAUUUUGUGCCCAAUGGAACUCGUGCUUGUCGGUUUCUGUGUGUAAGCUCCGCCCACUUUGCCCCCUGUGAAUGGCAUGGCCUGUGCAUUCCAUUCCCAACUUGCUCUCGUCACCAAAGUCAUGCUUGUAAAUUCUUUGCGCAUUUUGUUUUUAGCAUCUACCGCCACAGCUGUAUAUGCAUCUUGUGAUAUAUAUACUAGUUCGCAGCACUUUGCUGUAGAUAUUACAGGAAAUGGCAGUUUUAGUUCCUCUAUUUUCCAGUAGGAGUGUUGAAUUUGUAAAACAUUUUAUGUAGAGAUGUUUCGACACUUACUUUUCUCCCCAAUCUCCCUUUUAUUGAGGUUUUCUUUUUGUUUGUUUCAUAAGAAGCGCUGUUCAUUAUGCAAAAAUCAAUUAUUUUAAGAAUUGCUAUUGUAAAUACCUUUUGUGAAUAUUUUAGUAUCGUCUUUGAUAACAAUAUUCAACAUUUUCCUGAUCUGGUUAUACUUGUGUUUUAAAAUGCAUAGUCUUUGUGGGGGGAGCAUAGGUCCUCUUCUGUUUUUUUUUUUUAAGGGGUCUUGGAUUGAUGGAGUUUUUUUUCCUUUUGACAAAUUAGUCCCCCUCCAUUUCUUAGUCCAGUUUAAUGGAUCUGGCCGAUGUCCUGAACUGCCCAGAAAAUAAAUUGUUACGAGCCACGAUAUCACCUUGAGAUUCUUUUCUUUUGAGAUUCUUUUCUUUAGUCAGACAACAAAAAAGGUAAUUUUAAAAAAAUCCUUUGAAAAUGGCAUUGCCUCGUACGUAGGUGAGGAGACGGCAGUCCAAUAGGCGGCACACUACAUAGGAUCUUGGUUACUGAACACCCAAGGAAUAACGCAGUGUCAUAGUGGUGGUGGGAUACCAGGGGAAACUGAAGUUCAGAGCUUCCUUUUAUUUCAAGUGCAUUCUGGGUCUCCCCCCCCCCCCCAUAGUAGCUUCCCCAUUCUGUCUCCAUCAUAUAAGCAUUUGCUCCAUUUAUGUGAGCAAUGAAGGGUCAGUUGACCUUGCGUUGUUCCAUUAUUCUCAUUUGCUUUAAGCCAACCGGCAACCAGCUAAAGCAAUCACAGUUGUCAGGGGCUCGAAAGCCAGCUGUUUUCACAUCUGCCUCUCCAAAAACAGGCACGUUAACCAUUGCUUCUAGCAAGUUGUCGAGGCCUGUUUUAAGCCAUAUAUUGUAUUUUGCCUGUUCAGAGUUCAGCACCCAUUUUAUAAAGCCGAUCCUUUGCUAUUGCGCAGGCAUCCAGAUUAGGAAACAGAACCAUUUCCAAUCGGAUGUGUUGAGGUCGGGUGAAUGUGAAGGCACCGUAUGCAGGGCCCUGCUGAGGAGGCCGGAGAAGAGAUGCCCCCGUUGAGCAUCUAUUGUUAGCCUUGACCUGGCUGGCCCAGGCUAGCCUGAUCUCAUCAGAUCUCAGAAGCUAAACUAAGCUGAACACGUCCAGGGUCUGGACAGAGAGGCGGGCAAUGGCAAACCACCUCUGCACGUCUCUUGCCCUGAAAGCCUUGCAGGGCUGCCAUAAGUCGGCUGUCCCUUGACGGCCCUUUCCGCUGCCCCCAUUGUUAGGCUUGUGCGAUCCUGCCUGUCCUCCACAAAGUUCUUCCAUCCACAGGCUGAGCUUCACGGCAGAAUGGGUCCCCUGGCUUCCCCACAGCUCCAGCGAGAGGCUCCAACCACUACACCACACUGGCUGUCUUUCGGGAAAGUCCCAUCCGGGGCUCUCUUUUUUGGUAGAAAAAGCCCAGCAGGCACUCAUUUGCAUAUUUGGCCAUACCCCCUGACAUAACAGGGCUUUUGCAGAAGCCCGGCAGGAACUUAUUUGCAUAUUAGGCCACACCCCCUGAUGCCACGCUAGCCGGAACUGCAUUCCUGUGCGUUUCAGCUCAAAAAAAAAAAAACCACCCUGGUCUUAGCGGUGAAGUUUUUUCCCCACAGUAACCAAAAUCAGUGCUUAUUUUAAAAACUGUAGAUUUUAUGUAUAAUGAUUAGAUCUGUAGCAAGGGAGCAUGAUACCGACCAAAUUUAAGGGCUAACGUAGCUGGGUUAACAUCAAGUUAGAGCAUUUGCAAGGGUCCAGCCGAGCCCUUUUGUGUUGUAUUAAAGGGUAUAUUUAUCUAAGGAGCAGACCUAAAAAAUCAGCCCAGAAUGGCCCCUUCCCAUAAGCAGUUACUCACCAUCAGGUCAUGAAACCCACGGUCUGUUUCAGAGAAUUUGAGAUGGUUCGUUUGUAAUUUGCUCACUGCCAUAACCUUAGAAUGAGGUGAAACCCUAUGAGACAAUUUAGAGUUCUGUUGUGUUGAGUGGCAGAAUUCUAUUCCCAAAGCAUUUUAUUACUAUUAUUUUUAUUAUUCCUUUGUUUUGGAGGCAUUUUGGUUUGGUCUUUUUUAUUGUUUCCCUCUAGAUGCCCACCUGGAAAAGAACCCUCAGAGAUUUAUAAUUCUACUGCCAAGACAUAAUAUUAUUAUUAUUACGGGAUAAUGAAAACACAAUGUCUGCAGUGGAGGCUCCAGGGACAUCUGUACAUAUGUAAAUGGCAAAUAGAGACAUGUUAACAGAAAUGCAUUCAUUUUCCUUGGAAUGUGCAUUUGUUUUUAUUUUGCAGAGACAAAAAAAAAUGAAGCUUGAAGAUCCAUCUUAUGUGGGAAAUGAAUCCUGUUCGUUAGCGUUUGUGAAGUCUCCACGUUUGUUUCAUUUCUUGUAAUAUACUCUGGAAAUCCUUUGUGGAAAGAAUUUUUUUCUUGCAUUUUUUGUUUGUUUUUGUUUUACCUUCAUGUAAUAAUUAGCUUAAUGUGUACUAGUCUUAUCACCUGUGUAUUUUUAGGGUGCUACAAAAAAUAAUGAAGAAGAUAAGGGGAUUAAAUAAAAAAAAAGAUUGUAACCAAAUUCAUACUUUGUACAAUUUUUUAAUAUUGUGAUCAGAGGAGAAUUUAAAAAAAAAAAGUACAAUCUGAAGUUACCAUGCAAAAAUGGCCAUUGUUCUUGUUUGUACAUUGUAUGUACAGUACAACGCAAUCAUUUCAUACUUUAAAACUGGUCAGAAAAAAUAAUUGUGAUUUUUAGUCUUGCAAAACUGUAUGUAGUUAGAUGAUGUGACAACCUAAUAUUUAUCUAAUAAAUAUGUAUUCAAAUGAAACCUGUAUAUUAGGUGUUCAUGUGGUUAUUUUGUAUUUAAAAUAAAUAAAUCAGAUUGACUAUUGCUAGACAUUUAUAUACUUUCUUGUAACACUGAAAGUACUCUCAUUUUUGCUCAUGUUAUUAUUUUUUUUCCUAAAUAAAUUUGGAAAAAUUA